AUGCAGGAAAUUAAAUUACCCACCAGAAUUGCAGAUCCUCUGCUAAGCGGCGGUCCCACGGCUCGCGGCAUUACUCCCUUCGCGCCGCGGGCUCGGCUCCCGGCUCGCGGUGCUGCUGCCGUUCCGUCGAGAGCCUUCUGGGCCCAAACGGCGCGUCGCAACGGGGACGACAAGAGCAGAUCCGGCGAUUCGAUAAACCCACAAUUCCCCAAAGUGACGUUGGAGUCCCUGGGCGUCAGCGGUCCGCUCAAAUGGGUCCUGGUCGGCCUCCUCACCGUCUUUGGCACCAUCGAGACGUGGGUUUGGUGCAAGGCCAUUUGGCGCUGGUGCAAGGGUAGCGAGGUGGGGCCGAGCGAGGAGUGA